AUGUCCUCAGAAGAUCUCAGCCGCCCCCAGCGCGGCGGCGGCGGCGACGCCGCCGCCGCGGCGUCCGCGGCGAGCCCGCUGGCGGCGCGGCCGCCCGUGCGUGUUAUCGUCGCGGGCUGCGGCGCCGCGCGGCGCCAGGGGCUCACCGAGGGGUUCCGCCGGCAGGCGCCGCCCGGCAGCAGCAUCGUGUUUGUGCAUUCUGACCCGGCCGGACUCGAAGCCGCGGGCGGCGCCGAGGCGCUGCUGGCCGCCGGCGUGGCGGAGGCGGACGCGCUGGUGCUCGCCUCCUGCAGCGAGCCUUCCGGCGCCUUUGGCGCCGCCACCCAGGCGGCGGACGCCGUCCUGAUGUGCGAGCUGCUCUCCCUUCAGGAACUGCUGGAGCGCUGCCGCCCGCCGCCCGCGUCCGACGCCGGCGGCGCGCCGGACGCCGCAACGGCCCCGCCCGGCGGUCCCGGCGGCGGCGGCGGCGGCGGGGGCAGCGGUGGGGGGCGGCGGCAGCUGCACGUGGUGUGCCUGGUGGGGAGCUACGGCAUGCGGCGGACGGCCAAGGCGUUCCUGCGGUCGAUGCUGCGGCGGGCGUUCUCGUUUGAGCUGCUCAUUGGGGACGAGCUCGUGUCGGCGGCGCUGGUGCAGAUCGCCACGCACCCUCACAACGGCGACGUCUUUGAGCGCCUGCUGCUCCACCGCCGCGGCGGCACCCAGCUCGCGAUGGUGCCCGCGGCGGCCUACGGCUUUGGGCGCGGCGGCGGCUGGGCCACUUUUGGGCUCGUGGCCGAGGAGGUCAUGCAGUCGGGGCGGGCGCUGGCUCUCGGGUACCGGAGGGCCGACGGCCGCAUGCUGCUGGCGCCGGCGCCGGACGACUUGGUGAGGUGGUCGGAGGGUGAUGAGCUGGUGGUCAUGGCGGACACGGAGGGGUGA